UUAGUUUCAUUCAUGAACGUCGCGGCCACAACGCGACGGCCCCAGCAUCAUACCACGUACUUCCCCUUUUUUUUACCUCUUCCUUUAUCAUUUAUUUUCCUUAAACAAUCCCAGUGCAUGUGCCAGUGAAAUCAGAAGAAAAAACAGUGCAGUGUCUACUAUUCAAUGAAUUCAAGUGCUUCCAGUUAUUAAAAAUAUCUUGCACGUGAUAGUAUCAUUAUCUUCGUUUGUCGUUUGUGUUUAGAAUAACAACAAUAAGAGAUUUUUCUCGUUAUAUACAAGUGAUACAACAUACGUUCGAUCAUUUCUUAGAGGCGAAGCGUCGAAAUUAACAGUGAAAAGAUAAAAAAUGGACAUCGAGUCCUCCCUGUAUGAUUACGAGGAGGAGGACCAGGAUUUUUACGAAGAAAACGUGGCCAGAAAGGGCUAUCCCAUUGACCACCGUGCACUGAAGAGAGAUGCGCGUGGAUCAAGUGGUAUUUUGGGAUGUGGAAGUCUCAGUAGUGGUGGAGUAAUGAUGAUGAUGGCAAAAUACAUGAAGCAGGAAUUGACUUCGGAUGCGGAAGAGGAGGGCCUUGUGCCCACUCUCCCUAGUAGAUUCACAUCCAUGAGGAAAGUCCCAUCUCUGUCAGACCUAUCUGACCCAGACAGCUCCUUAGAUAUCCCGGCGCAAGUGCCACCAUUAACGCCGGGGACGAAUAAAAAAAUGACCGAGGCCCUGAAGGCCUCAUUCGCAUCCUGGGAAAAGGAACAAGUUCGCCUCAACAUAACCAAAGAUCCGAGGCAGUGGUCAGAGACAGCAGUGGCCCACUGGCUGCACUGGGCAAUAAGAGAAUUUUCGCUGGAGGGUGUGGCGAUGCAGCCCUGGCAACAACUCACUGGAAAGCAGAUUUGUGCUAUGGGAAAAGAGUCCUUCCUGGCACGUGCCCCAGCUUUCAUGGGUGACAUCCUGUGGGAGCACUUGGAGCUGCUCCAAAAAGAAGAUGAAGUAGAGAAGGCAUCCCUUGAAAACAUGCCAGCGAAUCUCUAUGAAAGCGUCUGUGUCCCGGACUUGGAGAACUUUCUGGGCUACCAGGGUGGUAAUAAUUCGGUGACGACACCAGAGCAUAAAAGCCCUGCAACCCCAGCGAGCUCGACUAACUCAGCCUCAUCAGGAGCCCGAAACCCAUCGCAGCAACAGCCACCGCCACAGCCACAACCGCAGGCACAGCCGCCCUCAGCCCUUCAACAAACCCUCACUAGUGUUCCACCACUGCCCCCUAGGGCCUUCGACGGUGGUUACAACCAUUUACGCAGCCCAGUGUGCCAGGAUGAUAGCCAGAGAGAUGAAACCUCACCACCACCGCACAAUCAUAAUUCUCAACAACAAAAUUCUCACUCAACAACUCCAACUGGCAAUCACAAUAAUAAUAAUAACAACAAUAAUAAUAACAAUAAUAACGCCAGUAGUGCGUACAUACACUUACGGAAUUUGAAUCAGCUCAAAGCGGAAGCGAACUACGGUAGUCACCAUAUACCCGAACACCUGCAGAGCAGUGGUGGUGGUAUGCCAGGUGGUGGUAGUGGUACUGAUCUCGGUGCAACUGGCAAUAACGAGAGUGAUUUACGGGUCAACAAUGCACCAACAGACAGUUACAUGACACCAGCCCAUUACUCAGGUUACGACGAGUCAUCGGAGUACCAUAAUCUCCAACAGGAACAUCAAACACCCCAUCCUUAUAAUUUGGAUGGCUCGCCGGAGUUCUACGGAACAAGUGGAAUUCAUCUGGAGCCAAAAUAUCAGCCGCCGCCCUUCAAAAAUUAUCCGAGGGGCCGCUAUCACGAAGGCUACAGUGAGGGUGGUUAUGGACAAUACGAUCAGACACCUUUUCAAACGGUUCCAGGCAGUGGAAAUCCUACUGGUGGAUCGAAUGCUGGCGUCGGGGGUGAACAAUGGGGUGUUGGACCACUUGGAGAACAUUUAUCUCAUCAUCCUGCCUUUUUGGCUGGCCUCGCACCACGAGACUCAACGAAUCCUCAUCAUCCAGCUUCUAUCGCCAAUAAUCCUGAUCAGAAGCCAUUGCUGCAGAGUGCUAUGCUAGCUGGAUACACUGAUACAGUCCGGAAGAACUUCACGCAAUGGUGGACUUGAAACCUGAGAAGAAGGAAGAAGACUGAGACUGUAUUUUUUUUAUAUCACCAGGAACGUGCAUAUCGGGACACAAGUGUUGUCAUAAUAACGAAUUUUACCCUAAAAAUUCGUUCAAUUCCUAUCUCAAUUUAUUAGUUUUUUUUUCUCUUUUUUUCUUUAAUAAUUGAAAAGAAAAACACUCAAAUCGAAUAUAAAACGUUCAACUGGUAACGUGAAAAUGUAAAAGAACAAAAUGAAGGAACAAAACUGAAUAACACUCAGUUUUAUCGCAGACACGAAUGUUUCUUGUGUCCACAAUGUUCAAUUAAUUCCUUUUUAUUAAUGAAAACAAAAAUUGAAUCGGUCGUAUGUACCAAAGACAGGGUCCGCAUACCAUUGGUGCCUAAAAAUGAAUAAUAAAUAAUGAAAGAGAAAAAAAAUGAAAGUAAAAAAUUCUUUUUUAAUAUGUUGAACUUUCAUAGUUAUGAAAUUGCAAUGAAGUUUGAAUUAUUUCUAAAAACCGUAAUGAGAAUUAUUACGAAUUGGUUUAUCUAUAAAAGUGAUUUUUUGAUUUGCCACAAAAAAAAAA